AUGCCAUCCAACCAGUUUGCUGUUAGUGUGCCUGUUGUUGGAUUAGCACUAGCCUUGGAACAGAUAUAUCUUAAUGGCAUCAGGGAAGGCCUGGGGAAGGAGGAUGCCCGAGCCUUCACUUGUACACAAUCAAUUUUGUCCGUACCUUCUGCUUUUCCACCCAGUCCAGCAGCCAACCUCAGUCCUUCGCUCCUCUUCGUCUGCAUCAUGCCAACAAUGCUAUCACAUUGCACUGUUGAUCAGACGAGCGCACAUCCGCAAAGGCAUAAUCGAUGCUUCUUCACUUUCCAUCUACCGUCCGUUGUGAUUGGGUGCCUCCACACGCAGUCAAUAGGCCCGGUGCAGCACUCUCCAUGUUCCCCUAUCCCGAGUUGGCUUCUUCAGCGUCUUUUCAGCCCUCACGCCCACUACCAUCGCUCGUCAGCCUCUCACAUUUCCACUUACGAACGAAUGUCCAGCAUCUUCCUUCCCCAUUUUCCCUUUCGUCGAUACAGGCUGCUUUCGGCCGUCGUUUAUUUGGGCCUGAGCCGCAAUCACCGACUGCGCAAGACAAUUUCGUCCAGUUUAGCUUAA